GAAGUACACCAGGAAAGGCAUACUCUUCAUCACGCACCUUUUUAUAGAUCCCAAACUCACGAUGGGACUGCAUUGGCUAGAAUUGGGGAGAGUCCUCUACUCAUCAUUUCUUCAUCGGGAGGCAUCUCUGAACAAAUAAAGGCAAGAUGGCGCUGUGGGAGUGCCUGGGGAAGGUUGCUAACAUAGCCGGACCAGUCGGAGUGGACAUGUUCAAAUUGAUCGGCAUGAUCGUGAAGGGUGUGGAGACGGUGCGCCGGAACCAUGAGGAGUGCCAGCAGCUCUCUCACUUCGCGUCGGCCACCGACAACCUGCUGCACGAAUUGGCAAACCUGAAGGUCAUAGAGCACCCAAAGAUGUGGAAGCCGAUACAGGGGCUCAGGGGCACUCUCCUCCAAGCCUACAUGCUCAUCAAAUCAUGCCAGCAUAGGAGCUACGCACACCACUUCUGCAAGGGUGGCAACCUUGCAGCCCAGUUACAGUCGGUGCAGAAAGAAAUGGAUUUCAACAUCCGGUAUCUCUCGGCGCUCUUAAAUGCGAUCACCUACAGCGAAAUCACUACCGUCUCAGGUACCGCGGAUGAAAUCAGAAAUGCUGUGCAGAAGGAUGGGGGACGAGUAUGCCCACACCAUGGCGAGACAGCUUCUAGUCCCAGCAUCAAGGGUCUCCCAAAAAGAGGUCUUAUAGAGUUUGCACUCUCCCAGCUGGCGGAUGCUACAAAUUACUUCUCACUUGAAAAUAAGAUUGGCUUCGGUUCUACUAGCACUGUUUACAAGGGUGUACUACAAGAUGGACUCGAGGUUGCUGUCAAAAGAGCAUCAUAUGAUGGGAAGAUUCCAUGCAGUUACUUUGAAAAUGAAAUUAAGUUAAUACCAAAGCUUCAGCACACAAAUAUAGUUACGCUUCUUGGAUACUGCACUCAAAAGUCGGAAAGGAUCUUGGUCCUUGAAUACAUGCCGAACAGAAGCUUGGAUUCCUUCAUAUACGGCAAGCGAGCGACCGAGUCGCCACUGGACUGGCCUAAACGCUGUGAAAUAGUCCAAGGGAUAGCUCAGGGAACUCUGUAUCUGCACAAGCUAUGCAGGCCACGAAUAAUUCAUGGAGAUUUGAAACCAGGCAAUAUACUACUGGAUUCAGACCUGAGCCCUAAGAUCUGUGACUUUGGAAUAUCCACAACACUAAAGCCAGGUGCAGAUGAAGACUGCACAAGCAUUGUAGCAGGUUCACGAGGGUUUAUCGCGCCCGAAUAUAAGAGGGGAGGCUGCUUGUCCGUUAAGUCCGAUGUGUACAGCUUUGGUGUUACCAUGCUUCAGCUCAUUAGCGGAAAGAAAGGUCCUCCACCUCCAUUAGCACUGUCUGAUGAGUCUCGUGAUUACGGGCCUCUAAAUAAGUGGGCUUGGGACUUGUGGGCAGCACGAAGGCUGACGGAGUUCAUCGAUCCCUCACUGCAUCGUGAGCCUCGGAAGGCCGAGAUAAUGAGGUGGGUUCAGAUAGGACUUCUGUGUGUUCAACAGCAUCCAGAAGACCGGCCAAGCAUGUGGGACGUCGUUCUGAUGCUGGGCUGUGAGAAUGCCAUCCUUAGAGAACCUGGCCUGCCAGCUUACUACUGAAACAGAUAGCAUUUCAUGUGCUAGCUUUCGUCACCCAAGCCUAUCUUCUGGCAUCGCUGUAUACGCGUGCGAUCUCAGAUAAAAAGCUUGUGGGCACACAAGUUCUGUUUGAUUGCUCACAGGUAAUUCAAGUGUGGAUAAAUGCAGCUGCUUGCCUGCUUGCUUGUAGUAUUUUGAGUGUACUUGCUACGGAGCCAUAUUAGUUCCCUGAAUGCAUGUGCAGUGGUCAACUAUACUAUGCUAAACACGAAGCAAUUAAGUACAAUGCAAUGAUUAGU